AUGAAUCUUCCAACAAGAGAGAAUGAUUGGAAAAGAAAAUAUGAGUUUUAUGGUAAGCACUUUGAAUGAAAGAUAUGGAUAUGAUGAAGAAAACAUAGCCAACCCGUGGAACUCGUCACCACUGACGCAGUCCCGGUAUUUUGGCGAUAUCUCCUUCGUUACUUAACGGAAUCACGAACCGUUUGUUGGGUUGGAUUCGUAACAUCCGGGGCUACAAGUUUGGUAUAAUAAGUAAUUCGAGAAAAUGAAUAGAGAAUUACAGAAUUGACGACGAAGUCGCAGCUGCGUUUUUCACUCAGGAUAUUGGAAAAUUUUGAUAUUUCUUCUUGCUCCUUCUUCUUCCCUUGGCUCAACAAUGGAGUUGAGAAUUCUUCCUCCUGAGUUUCUGCCGAGAGAGGGAGAGGAUGGUACCAGGCAGUACCCUGUUAUACAAUCGGUUCAACAUUCGGUUCGUUUAAUGGUAGCGGAAGUUUUAAGCUAAGGUUUUUUCGUUUAAUUUCUGCCGAUGGAGUUGUUUUUAUGGUUGAUGAUUUUCUUAUUUAUGCUGAACUAGUUUUUAUUUUAUGAAAUUGAGUUGUUGAAAAUCCCAUUCGUUAAUUUAUCGUUUAGAACAAGUGGUUGGAUUGUUUGCUUCUUGUUGUUGGGAAUUAUGUAGUUGAUGUGUUCGAUCAACAUAGAAUUUGUCAUAUUCAUCAACAUCAUGUCAUUAGCGCAUACUAUUUUCGAAAAGCUUAUAACCAAGUUACUGUCUACCAGGGCUGGGCACUGUUUCAAAUUAUAGUCUGGUUAGUGUGUGUAUCGCAGUGAUUAAUGAUUCCCUUGAAUUUCUGUGUUUUGAUAAAUUAAUUUUCAAGUAUACCAGAGUUGAUUUCAUUGAGACUUGAUGGUAAAAUUGAAUGGACAUUAGAAUUGUUUACUUUAGAAAAUUGAAUGGUCAUAUUUUAUGAUAAUUUUGUGUUUCAUAGAAUCUAAUUUAAGGUUUGGGACGGACAAUUAAGCUUUAGAGGAAAAAUGGUGCUUAAGGUAUACUUAAGUUUUUGUUUGAACCAUAAAAUCUUAAGGCUUGACAUUUACCCCUUGACCUUUUUAACCCAUAACAUGCACAUUGACUCUUGAAUUUUUAAACCAAUAUUUUUCACUUGUAUCUUAUUGCAACCAUAGAAAAAUUUAUAGCUGACCAUAACAUAUCACCAUUGUAGACCAGAUCAGAAGGAAAUGCAACUCCACCUAGUGUAAUAAUAUAGAGAAUAAUCAGCCAACGAUAUGCCCGUAAAUUGUAAUUGUUGCAAGAUAACAUGAUUUUAUAACCCUUGCAGAUAUAUGCUGUCGAUUUCCUUUCUUGGUUCUCACAUUUUGUGGACCAUAAUUAAGAAAACUAUUUUUCUCUUUAUAUAAAGGGUUUCAAUUUAAUGAUUUGCUUUGCCCCCCCAAAAAGCUUGAGCCGGCUCUGUUCAUUAAUGUAUUAAGACUUAGGAGUUAGUGUGUAAAAAUAUAUCAUAUGAUUUGAGGAUUGAAUACACAAGGACAAUGCUGCAGUCAUUGGGUUGUACAUUAUGCAUUAGAAGUAGUAAGCUGUGCAUUGUAAUUGUAAGUUGAUCAAAAUUUGAAGGACACUCUAUAGGUUUAAUGGAAGUAUGGAACAGCAUUGCAGAGGUGAUAGCUGAAUAAGACUUGACAUUAUUGGGAAAACAGAAAGAAAUAUUUGCACUAAAUAGCACUAAAACUUAAGUCAUUUCUCUAAAUAGCACUUAAAAUAUUUUAUUCCCUAAAUAGCACUUAAUAAUGUCCAUAAUGUCCAGUGAUGACAAAUAUUUACUUGAAUAAUGACUAAUGCAUAAUGACUAAAAGUGCUACAUUGGAAAAAAACACAUGUAGUGCUAUUUAGGGAAAGUCAUUAUGUUUUAGUGCUAUUUAAGUAAAUUUCUCAAACAGAAAUUGCGGAGUAGGUUGUGCAUCAGCAAUGCCAAUCUUUAACAACAACAACAAAAACAAAAACAAAAACAACAACAAUAACAAUAACAAAGCCUUAUCCUACUAGGUGGGGUUGGCUACAUGGAUCAAACGACACCAUUGCACCCUAUCGUGUAUCAUAUCUGCUGUGAGAUUGUUCACAUGAAGGUCUCCCUUGAUCAAUGCCUGCCAAGUCCUCUUAGGUCUACCUCUUCCUCCAGCCACAUGCAUAUUCACCAUUUGAUCAACCCUUCUAACAGGAUGCUCUAUUGGUCUUCUCUCCACAUGUCAAAACCACCUAAGACAAGUUUCCACUAUUUUUCUUACAAUUGGUGUCACUCCAACUUUAGCUCUCAUAUUUUCAUUCCUUAUUCCUUACCAAUCUUUAACAGAAGCAAUUUUUAAUGCACAUUGACAACAUUGCAAGGGUUGCACAUCAUGCAUUAGAAGUAGCAGGUUGCGCAUUAUAUGUUGUUUAAUUAAUCAUUUUUAGGGACUCCUUUAGGAUGUAGGUUUGAUUGAACAAAAGGGCUGUUAAUGUUGGGGCUCAUUAUGCAGGAACCACGUUUCACUCUUUGACUUAUUGACUUAUAAAUCCUUUAACCAUCACACAAUGACAUAAUGGUUAGAAGAUUGGCGUGGCUCAUUGCCUUGUUGAUUACUUUUAGGACAUCUGUAAGGUAUUUAUCUCAGCUUCUAAGCACUAGAUACACUGGACAUUUAUUGGACUUUUAUUUAAAAAUGUGUCAUCUUAGGAACAAACUGUUUCCAAUGACCUUUAUUGUAAACCAUAGUUGGUACUUGGUAGAAUCAAUUUAUUAUGAUCCUGAAGCAUAAUUUGAGUUUAAGCUAUUUUUUGUGUGGUAUGGUUAUAAUUAAUCUUUGCGUGUAAAGGUAGCUUAAAUACAGUCACUACUUUAUACUUAUUAGCCUCAUUAUAUGUGUGUCUCACUUCUAAUUACAUUUUUAUUUUACAUAAAAGGCCCCUGUUUUUUAAUUCACUUCCGGCGUUCACAAAGGUUGAGCCCGCCUUAACCCUCUAGAUCCCCGAUUGGCUAAUUUAUAAACCAUGCCCUUCUCAAUUCAAAUGGUAGCAUUACGUUCAUCUUUGUCUUUUCGGAUGCAGAAUACUGUUCGUGGUCCUUUAUUCGGAAUAUCGAGACAGUCUCACAACAUUCCAUUCACUAAAGGUUUGGGUGAAACAAAACCGUUUAGUUUAAUCUGCCCUGAGCUGACCACAAAAUCAGUGUGUGAAAGGACUGCCAGCAAACUGCCAACUUAUAACAUACUUGGAUCCGGAAUGAUUCUUAUUAAAAAUUACAUCAGCCUCAAGGACCAGGUUGAUAUAGUGAAUGUAUGUCAAAAGUGGGGUAUGGGCCCCGGGGGCUUUUACCAGCCUAGUUUUCAAAAUGGAGCGAAACUUCAAUUCCAGAUGAUGUGUUUUGGUCGAAACUGGGAUCCAGUAACCAAGUAUAACAAAAGUUACAGAAGUGAUGGUUCUGAACCACCCCCGCUUCCAAAAGAACUUACUUCAUUGACUAAAACCAUAGUUCAGGAUGCUCAAGCCCAUCUGGUUGAACUUCCUUCAAUGCACCCAGAUAUUUGUAUAGUAAAUUUCUAUCAACUCUCUGGUCGACUUGGCCUCCAUCAGGAUCGUGAUGAGAGCUAUGAUAGUCUCCGAAGAGGACUGCCUGUGGUUUCCAUCUCCAUUGGCGACUCUGCAGUGUUCUUGUACGGUCAUUCUAGAGAUAAAACAAAGUGCGAAAAGGUUGUGUUGGAUUCAGGAGAUGUGUUUAUAUUCGGUGGCAAGUCUAGACUCGUUUAUCAUGGCGUGAAGCAAAUCAUUCCAAACUCGUGUCCUCUGCCAUUAUUACAAGAAACCGCGCUUAUACCUGGCCGUCUAAACCUUACUCUAAGGCAAUUUUGAUGUGCUCAUUUUUUUCUAAAAGCUAUUUUCCAGACACCAAUGUCAAUUUCCCAUGACAAAUAGAGGUGUUUAUUCUGAUCGAUCCAAUCUAAUCUUCCCAAUAUCCGAAACUUUCGCAUUGACAAAACUGAUU